CCCGCUUGUCUAGCGGCUCGCACGGACUUUUCACAGUUGUCUGAAGGGAUUUCCAGCCAGGGGAACGUUUUUGGUUGCAUAGAUUAUGUUACGAGUUUGUUUGGGGUUUAAUCAUCCUUAGUAGGGACGAUAAAUUAUUUUUUUUCUGGAUCAUACUGCUGGUGUUUGGAACCCAUAGCCAGAAUGAAAACUUGACAACUGGCUGCAGUUGAGGAAUCUCUCCCAGCUCCAGUCUGCCAAGUCACUCAAGUGGACCGAGAAGACCUUGUGGAGGGAGGCGAGGAGAAAGAAGAGUGGAGAAGGAGAGGAGGGGAAGAAGAGGAGACGGGAGGAAGACGAGAAGACGAGGAGAAGCUGCCUGCCAGAGGAGGAGGAACGCGGAGAUUACAGACUAAUCCAGGAUAAGGCCAACCCCACUGGACUAACUCUUUUUUUUAUGUGGUCAUCAUUUUUCUCCAUCUUGUUCUCCUGACAUCUAAAAACUGCUAUGCCUUGAUGAGCAUCUGAUUUGGAUUUUUUUGUUCAGGCCGGUAAGCUGCUGCUGCUGAUACUAAGGAGCAGUGUUUAAGUUUUGCCAUAAAUCAACACAGCAGUGGCUCUUCGUCUCGAGAUAUGGGCCAUUGGUGAGAUGAUGUCUGUAGGCUCCAGAUGAACAAGGAUUGUCCAGGAAAGCGCUGAUAAACAGAUUAAUCUUAUUUUUUUCAACUGAAUCCUUCCACCUAUGAAGUCGUAUUCCAGUAUUUUAAUGUAAAUGGACAGUGCCUUCGUGAUAGAAACAAUAUAGAAAUACAUUAAUAUCAGCUGGACCUGAGACAGUUUCCAAGAACAGCUACCAAAAUCCAUUGCUAGCUACCUGCAGUCACCUGAGAGUGCUGGAGUGAGUCCUCCAUUCUCUGGCACCUGGCCUACCAGUGAGCUGAAACAGCAAGAAAAAAAAGACUUAACAAGGAACUGAUGGAGGAAAUCAAAGACCGGGCCUGAGUAGACCACUGGGGUGGUUUGGUCCAAAUUAGAGGACUGCCUUUAAAAAAAAUCUGACGCAAUCCCCACAGAAUCUCCACCCCACCCCACCCCCCCAACCUCCCUUCGUAUAACCGUUUGGUAAUGAAGCCGGUUUGGGCGGGCUGUCACGGUAGACAGCUUGUAAAAGUGACAGCAGCUCCACAAAUGUGUGUGCCGCUUUUGUCAAAAUAUUUAAGGAGCGAUAUCCAUCACUCUGCGGCCUUGCAAUAACAAAAGAGUGAGUACAUUAUGCCCAACAUGGCUGUGUUGUUAAUGUAACAAGUUUUUGUUGAUAGGAAAAGGAGUGCACGUCUUAACACACGUCUUAUCUUGCAACAGCGCGAUUACAGUUACAGGCCAUUUGGCUCAGUAAAAAGGUAUAUCAAUUAAGAAUGACUGUAAGUGUUUGGGAAAAAACUGAACUGUUGGUUUAACUUAACAGACUUAAGUCCACGAGGGACAGUUUGUAGUGUUUGGCUUUUAUAAUAGAAAAGACAGGGAUAUUUCCUCUCUCUCUCUCUCUCUCUCUCUCUCUCUCUCUCUCUCUCUCUCUCUCUCUCAGGAAGGAACCGUACCCAGUUCUGGGAGUGCUCGUAAUUAAGAAAUAAUCCAGGAAAAGGAAGCAGGACAGUUCCUUUGUAGUUCUUUUGUGUUGAGAGCCCAGAGUGGAAAGUUCUGUCCUUUUUUUGUCUGUUGGCUAUUUUGAAGGUCACUGGCAGAGCAGUCAGUCAGUGUGUGCAAGUUAAAUUACAGAUAUUUUUAGGGCAACAGAACUUUAACCCUAGAGAGAUACUGUGUGUGUGCGUGUGUGUGUGUGCGUGUGUGUGUGUGUGUGUGUGUGUGUGUGUGUGUGUGUGUGUGUGUGCGUGUGUGUGUGUGCGUGUGUGUGUGUGUGCGCACGUGCGUUGGACAACAGGCAAAUCAAUCAAUGCGAGUGAGCAAAAGUCACUGCCAAAAGGCGCAUUAGAGUCAGCGCUUGUUUUAUUUUACACAGCGCUCGUGAAAACAGCAGAUCAAGCUAACGUCUCCUUGUUGCCUCUUUGUAAACUGAGGCACUUAAACAGACUCACAUUAAAAAACGAAAAUAGCCUACAUAGCCAUCUCCAUCUGUAGAGUAGCCGCAUUUAAAAUGUGAAAACUGAUGUUUCAUAAACCAGAAACCCAGAGCAACUCUGGAGCCUAGAAGCCCUGACCACACAUACCUACUGUACUGUACUGUACUGUAGCCUUUCCAGCAACCAAACCAGGGACAUGCAUAUUUUCAACUCCCAUUUCUCUUUAAAAACACACAGGGCCCUCUGGAUAUGAACGCCGGACAGUGCCAGAAAUGGUUCUUUGCUUCCUAACUCAGCUGGUCUGAGAAACUAUGAGAAGACGUCAGGAGGUCUAACCAUUGAGGCAGCAACACUCUGCCUAGAGAUUAACUAAGCGGGGUUCUUUUUGCUGAGACUUUUCAUUUUAAACCGCUGAAUUGCACCGGUCUCCAGAGGAAUACUGAAGGAUUCUUUGGACAUCUGGAAGUUUUUUUGGUGGUUUCUGCUGAGACAAUCAGGAAGGCAAAGUUCUGCCCCACAUUCGUCUUGUUUCAGAACCACUGCUUAACAAAGGUCUCCCAAAGAAGGAAUUCCAAACAGAUUUUUUGACUUUUUUGGCUCGCUUGCUAAGAAUACCAAAGGAUUUUUGAACACCUGACCUUUUGACCUGCCUGACCUUUUGACCUUUCUGACUACCUAACUUGAAGGAUAUUGGUUGCAGAAGGUAAAGGUCAAGGUCAAAGACUUCCUUCACAAAGGGUUUUGUUGUUGUUAUUGUUGUCAUUUUUUAUUUUACCUUUACUUUACCAGAAAGGUGCCAUUGAGAUAAACAUCUCCAGGAAGAUCCUUCCAGGGAAUCCUGAAAUCACACUUGGUUGCCUUCAGAGCCUUCCUUUUUUGAGGAUUUUCUAAAAGUUGUCUCAACGUACACAGUAGCUGUUCCUCAUUUCCGUGAUCAUGAAUCUGGGCAAGCUCUCUGGGCUGAAGAGCCUGGUGUCCGGCUCGGGCGGCAAACGCAAGUUCAAAGGCGAGCUGACGCCCGACAUGAUCAGCCCUCCGCUGGGCGACUUCCGCCACACCAUGCACGUGGGCCGCGGCGGCGACGUCUUCGGGGACACCUCCUUCCUCAGCAACCACGGGGGCCAAGGGGCCAACAACGGCGACGGCUGCAGCACCAACGGCGACGCCAACGACACGGCGUCUUCCACGCCCGGCAAGAGCGAGGGCUUCUUCACGCGCACGCUACGCCACGUUCGCGUGAAGACCGCCGCCGCCAACGAGUCUCGGUCGCAGACGCCGGACUCCAAGGAACCGUCCCCGCCACCGCCAGCUGUGUCGCCGAUCAUCAAGAACGCCAUCUCCCUGCCCAGGCUGGACGUCGUGGACUCGGCCAACGGGAGUGCGGUGAAGACGCUGUUCCCCAGCACGCCACCCAAGCCAGCAGAGGACUCCAGCUACACUUAUGGCUUGGAGUCUGGGUUUGUGACGCUUCCCCGCCUGUCCCGCUCGGAGCGCCAGCAGCAGCCGCUGCCGCAGCAGCCGACGGCCUCCACUCCCAGCCACUACUCCUCCACCUGUUCCCCCGACACCUCCCGGGGCUCCAUGUCCGCCAUGCCGCCCGUCCCCGUCCCCAUCCUCUCCUUCUCCGCCUCGGGCCGUGGCUCCGUCCGUGGCUCUGUCCGCCGCCGCGACGACAGCAGCUACAGCGGCUACGGGUUCGACCACGACACCCUGUCCCUCACCGGCUCGCUCACCUCCUUCACCCUGGACCUGGGUCCCUCCCUGAUGAGCGAGGUCUUCGGCCUGAUUGACAAGCCGGGCAGCCAAUUGGGGCUCGGCGACAGCACCAUCGUCCCUCCCGACGACGAUGAUGAUGGAAGGCGUGGUGGCGGUGACAUCGAUCACGACAUUGAGGCCAAUGUGAUGUCGUACACUCUGCCAGUCUCGGUCACACCACCCGUGUCCCACCACCUCCCCCACCACAACCACCACCACCAGAGCCAGAGCCAGUCGGAGGUGGACUCUGCCACCGUGUCCCUGGUGGACUCCCUACUGAGGGAGGACUACAGCGGGAGCAAGGCGCUCUACGGGGGGCUGGACUGGGGCGAGGAGGAGGGAGAGGAGGAGGAGGGAGAGGAGGAGGAAGAGGAGGAGUCCCUCAGAGCUGGCUCCUCGUCCCCCAUGGAAAGGGGAGCGCUGCUGGGGGCCGGGAGCAGCAGUGGCAGGGGGAGCAUCACCAGCAGCAGUGGCAGCAGCAGCCGUCAGCAACAGCACCAAAACCAACAACACCAACACCAACACCAACCCAGCAUGGAUACAGAGCACUUCCAGAGGGCCACGGACGUGCUGGCACGACACUACGGCAGCGGAGGCAGCAGCAACAGCAGCAGUGGCGGUGGCAGCAGCAGGUCCGGAACUGUAUUUGGUUCUGGAACCGGAACCGGAUUUGGGUCAAGUUCUGUGUUCUAUGGAAGCACUGUCACAGACUCCACCCGAUCCAGCCAGCGGUCGGUGCCGUACCACUAUGUAGAUGAUGAGGAGGAGAUAAAGGUCUAGCAUCUGGUCUACGUACCGUAGUGCAUGGAUGGACCCUAUGCUUUUGAGUGACCCAAUUCCAAAAUGGGAACUUGUACUAUUCAGUUGGAAAUAAAUGAUUAGCCACUUACUAGCAAGUUAUUCAACUCAGUUUAUUUGCCAGACUCCAAUUUCCAUGUGCAAAACCACCGCACAAGACAGAUAAAAACACAAUCAAGAAAAACAAGACAAAUUAUUAUUGUUUCACUUCUACUUAUUAAAAGGUAAUUUGCCUGUUGGCUGGUGAGGAUUUCUAUAUCUUCUGGUCUGGGGUGGACUGCUUUAGGAGUGAUUUGAAACUGGAGAUGGACAUGCAUCACGUUUCUGUAUGAGACUUUGGAGAGUAACAUUUUUUUUCUUACAACUUUUAAGUCUUAUUUUUGGGAAAAAAAUAAGAAAAAUUGAAAGUCUGUGGACAAAGAUGGGAAAAUAAUAACCGUGGCUACUGUACUGAGAACGUGUCUUCUCAGUACACUGUCAUGUAAAGGUGAUAACAUUCCCCUUUGCUGAAAAGAUGGAAGGAGCCAUGGAACCUUCGGGACUCCCAUUUAAUCAAUCAUGGAUUCAGUCAUGGAUUCAGUCAUGGACUCAUGACCAACAUAUAAGACUACAGUAAUUGUUUAUUACCCUCUGUUAGAGCAGAUGGGGAAUGAAUACUUGUCAGGCCAUAUCAAAUGAAAUUGAGCCAUCACUACGUAGACGUCAUCACUAGAAAAUUAUCAUCAGUAGACAAUCAGAUCUAUGCACACAUUUCUCAUACUCAGGUGGGUCAGUUCUGGAGGUGUUAAGACAGUGGUUAUUAGUGCCACCAUGCCCAUAAAUGCACUACACAAGCCAAGCAUUUGUAUUGAAUGUACACAUUCUCCACAUGUAGUACACCACACUAUGUAAACCACCAUUGAUUAAUAUUUUCUUGUUUUGUGUAUCACAGAGGGAUCCGGCCUUACUCCUCAAUUGUUUGGUGUUUUUAUAGAUCCACCACAACACAUGCAUCCAGGGUAUUUGAACAUAUCAAUGGCCAUGUUUCUUUCUAGAGAUAAUAACAAACACUCUAGUAUGUGGCUAUGACAGGGCUACUGUCUCAUAGCCAGGCCGCGUCCACCUUCGGCGUUGCAACUAGUCAGGUCAAGAGCAAUGCAAGUACUUUCUGAGUUCCCGCAAAUACGGGAACUCCUUUCACUUUAUGGGGAAGCAAACAACCAUUAGCAAAACAGGGGAUGCUGGUCAACCAUGCCGUUUGGGAAAUGUUAAUUGUUGUGCUCUUGGUCAGACCAAGUCUCGAAGAGAUUUGAACGUUGAUGAUAAUCAGGCUAGGAUCCUGCCUUACUCCACAAUUGUUUGAUGUUUUUAUAGAUCAGGGGUCCCCAAACUAAGGCCCGGGGGCCGGAUGCGGCCCGCCAUGCCCCUUUGACUGGCCCGCCACCUCUCUGCUCCUCACCAUUUGAACUGGCCCAAAGAAGCAAUCCUAUCUUGUCUUGAUAGUUUCUCAUCUCACUGUAAUAUAAACAGGCCUACCAUUUCUAUUGUAUCACUCAUAAACUGUAAAUCACCAAAUUUUUCUAACCUUUCCUUGCUAUUUUUACAUGGUUAUCAGAAAUUUAAAGAAAUACCUGUGGUAUUUCAAAUAGAAAAACUUGUGAAGGACUCACUUCUUUUGCAAAUCACUUGUAAUGAUGAACAAUUUUGUGCUAGAAAUUAUGGCUAUAACAGGCAUUGGCCUAGGAUUAAAGCCCACAUGAUUGAUCCGGCCCCUGAUCACAGUCAGGAACGAUAAUGUGGCCCCCAGAGAAAAAAGUUUGGGGACCCCUGUUAUAGAUCCACCACAGCAUAUGCAUCCAGGGUAAUUGAGCAUAUCAAUGGCCAUGUUUCUUUCUAGAAAUAAUAAAAAAACACUCUAGUAUAUGGCUAUAACAGGGCUGCUGUCCCAUUCGUCUCCAUCGCCGGGUUUUUUGACAGUACAUCUACCCAAAAGUGUUACUCUGGGUAUUUGAGGAAGACACAUGCCAAUGGCUAAGUUUCUGUUUUCAGCUCUUUCCUAAUCAUACCUUUGAUCUGACCUGAGUCAUUGCAGAACACAACCCCUCCUUGUCCUUUGUGACUCACCCAUUGAGAGAGCGAGGAUGUUCCGAGCUGCCUUGAGACGUUUUGUCACACAUGACUUGAAUGUAAUUUCUAAGGAGAUGUGCUCGAUUUCUGUUUUUAAUUUGUUUUGUUUCUUUUUUUAAAUACAUAUUUACGCAAAGCAUAUGUAUGUUUUUUUGUUAGAAAGAAUUGAAAAUGCACACACAUGCAUAAAUAUACAAAUAUGUUAAAUUUCACCUCAGCUAUUGUUUAAAAUUACUAUACAGAUCCUGAACACACCGCACAAUGGCACAAACUUGUUUUGGUCGUGUAACAGGUUUUGUUUACCACCAAUGACAUAAUGAAUAACUUC